AUGGGUUUCCCCGCCAUCUUCCGGACAAAGUGUCAACAGAGACCCCCGCCCCGCCCCGCCCCGCCGCGCCCCGCAGGAGCCUCCUCCUCCCGCCGGCGCGGCGCCUGUCCCCUGGUCCCGGCGUCCCCGCUCGGUGCCACCGAAGGAUCUAGGGGCUCGGGCCGGGGAGGGGGCGGAGGUGGGAGUGGAGGCGCGAUACGAGCCCGUGGGAGCCUCCCCAACCCCGCAGUCCCAGCGGCAAACUGUACUUGUUCGGACGGAUGCCCGCGCGGAGGGGUGGCCACGGGAGUGCCUCCGCCCAUGACAGCAGUGUGCAGGAAGCUGACCUGGAGCUGGGAAGCCGGGAGAAGGCACAUCGGGUUCCACCUAGAUAAACCCCAAAAAGACAGCUCCAGUGAGGGCCCAGCAAACCUGAGACCAGCCACCAGCCUCUGAGAGGGCGCUGGACCCCAAGACUCUGCAGGACUCGCCUCAGUGCAGAGGCUCUGGAUUCUCCGGCUCUGAGGCGAGAUGGGAGCUGUCCUCCCAGUGGUGCUGAAACUCGGGCUGCCUCUGUUGGGGUCACCGACAGAGGCUCACUUGUUCAGGCACAUCCUGGGUCAGCCUUUCCGCCUCUGAGACGGGCUCCUCCCUUCUCAGAUGAGAGAUUCUGCCUGGAAGGGAAGUAGUCCACGCCAUCAUCAUUCCCCAAAACCCUAAUAGCCACCUAACUGGAUUCACCACUUCUCGUCUUGCCUCCUCAAUUCAUUCUCCACUCAGUACCCAGAGUGGACUUUUCAAGAGGCAAAUCUGAUCCUAUGUAAAGUACUCAUAUGGUUUUCCAUAUCAUUCAGAAUGAAACUUAAACGUUCUUGCUAGAGCUAA